AUGCAUACCGGUGGUAGACUCAUUGCUGGUUCUCACAACAGAAACGAGUUUGUGCUUAUCAAUGCCGAAGAAAAUGGAAGGAUUAAGUCAGUUCGCGAACUGAGUGGGCAGAUAUGUCAGAUUUGUGGAGAUGAGAUUGAGGUUACUGUCGAUGGGGAGCCCUUUGUUGCUUGCAAUGAGUGUGCUUUCCCUGUUUGCCGGCCUUGCUACGAGUAUGAGAGGAAAGAAGGGAAUAAGGCCUGCCCUCAGUGCAAGACCAGAUACAAACGCCUCAAAGGUAGUCCAAGGGUCGAAGGUGAUGAAGAAGAGGAUGGUAUUGACGACAUAGACAAUGAAUUUGAUUAUGAACUUGAUGAAUUUGGCCAGCAACCACAUUCAGAUUCAUUGUUUUCCGGUCGCCUUAACACUGGACGUGGUUCUCAUACUAAUAUAUCUGGUGCAAAUUCAGAACAUGGAUCGCCUCCUCUCAAUCCUGAAAUCCCCCUACUGACUUAUGGGGAAGAGGAUCCUGAGAUAUCUUCUGAUAGACAUGCUCUAAUUGUUCCACCAUACAUGAAUCAUGGAAACCGAGUCCAUCCCAUGCCUUAUACGGACCCAUCUGUUCCACUGCAACCAAGACCGAUGGUUCCCAAGAAAGAUAUUGCUGUAUAUGGAUAUGGAAGUGUGGCUUGGAAAGAUCGAAUGGAGGAAUGGAAGAAGAGGCAGAGUGACAAACUCCAAGUGGUGAAGCAUGAAGGCGAUGGCAAAGAUGGAACUUUCAGUGAUGACCUCGACGACCCUGAUAUGCCCAUGAUGGACGAAGGCAGGCAGCCACUUUCUAGGAAACUACCAAUUCCUUCUAGCAAGAUAAAUCCAUACAGGAUUAUUAUUGUGCUUCGUCUCGUAAUCCUCGGGCUUUUUUUCCAUUAUAGAAUUCUCCACCCAGUUAAUGAUGCAUAUGGCUUGUGGCUGACUUCAGUCAUCUGUGAGAUAUGGUUUGCUGUAUCUUGGAUAAUGGAUCAGUUUCCAAAAUGGUAUCCGAUAACGCGAGAAACAUACCUUGAUCGUCUAUCACUGAGGUAUGAAAAAGAAGGGAAACCAUCUGAAUUGUCCAGUGUAGAUGUCUUUGUCAGUACUGUGGAUCCCAUGAAAGAACCUCCACUGAUUACGGCGAACACUGUUCUAUCUAUCCUUGCUGUUGAUUAUCCGGUUGAUAAAGUUGCAUGCUAUGUCUCAGACGAUGGUGCUGCUAUGCUCACUUUUGAAGCACUUUCUGAGACAUCUGAAUUUGCUAGGAAAUGGGUUCCAUUUGUCAAGAAAUAUAAUAUUGAGCCCCGUGCCCCAGAAUGGUAUUUUGGUCAGAAGAUGGACUAUCUCAAAAAUAAAGUGCAUCCGGCAUUUGUUAGGGAAAGAAGAGCAAUGAAGAGAGAUUAUGAAGAAUUUAAGGUGAGGAUUAACAGUCUUGUGGCAACAGCACAGAAGGUUCCUGAGGAUGGAUGGACCAUGCAAGAUGGGACUCCUUGGCCUGGAAAUGAUGUGAGGGAUCAUCCCGGCAUGAUUCAGGUCUUCCUUGGUCAUGAUGGUGUCCGCGAUGUUGAGGGAAAUGAGUUACCUCGCUUAGUUUAUGUUUCUCGUGAAAAAAGGCCAGGGUUUGAUCACCACAAAAAGGCUGGUGCAAUGAAUUCUCUUGUACGGGCGGCAGCAAUCAUCACAAAUGCACCUUAUAUUCUGAAUGUUGAUUGUGAUCACUACAUUAACAAUAGCAAGGCACUUAGAGAAGCCAUGUGCUUUAUGAUGGACCCUCAACUUGGGAAGAAGAUCUGCUACGUACAAUUUCCUCAAAGAUUUGAUGGAAUUGAUAGACAUGAUAGAUACUCCAACAGAAAUGUUGUAUUUUUCGAUAUCAAUAUGAAAGGAUUGGAUGGAUUACAAGGUCCAAUUUACGUUGGAACUGGAUGUGUUUUCAGAAGGUAUGCACUUUAUGGAUACGAUGCACCAGCCAAGAAGAAGGCGCCAAGUAAAACCUGCAACUGUUUGCCAAAAUGGUGCUGCUGGUGCUGUGGCUCUCGAAAGAAGAAGAAUCUCAACAAUAAGAAAGAUAAAAAGAAGAAGGUAAAGCAUAGCGAAGCAUCAAAGCAGAUACACGCACUUGAAAAUAUAGAGGCAGGGAAUGAAGGAGCCAUCGUUGAGAAACCAUCCAAUUUGACUCAAUUGAAAUUGGAGAAGAGGUUUGGACAAUCUCCCGUGUUUGUAGCCUCUACACUUUUGGAUAAUGGUGGAGUUCCACAUGGAGUGAGUCCUGCAUCACUUUUAAAAGAAGCCAUUCAAGUUAUCAGUUGUGGUUAUGAAGACAAAACCGAUUGGGGAAAAGAGGUUGGAUGGAUUUAUGGUUCUGUGACAGAGGAUAUCUUGACUGGUUUCAAAAUGCAUUGCCACGGUUGGCGGUCUGUAUAUUGCAUCCCUAAGCGUCCUGCAUUCAAGGGGUCAGCACCUAUCAAUCUUUCAGAUCGUCUACAUCAAGUUCUUCGUUGGGCUCUUGGUUCUGUUGAGAUCUUUUUCAGCAAACAUUGUCCAAUUUGGUAUGGCUAUGGUGGUGGGUUGAAAUUGUUGGAACGAUUUUCCUACAUAAAUUCAGUCGUAUAUCCCUGGACUUCCCUCCCAUUGAUCGUCUAUUGUACUUUACCAGCCAUAUGUCUUCUCACCGGAAAAUUUAUUGUGCCUGAGAUAAGCAACUAUGCAAGUAUUGUGUUCAUGGCCCUCUUCAUAUCCAUUGCAGCAACGGGCAUCCUCGAGAUGCAAUGGGGUGGUGUUGGAAUAGAUGAUUGGUGGAGAAAUGAACAGUUUUGGGUGAUUGGAGGUGCUUCAUCACAUCUUUUCGCACUUUUCCAAGGUUUACUCAAGGUUUUAGCUGGUGUCGACACAAACUUCACCGUUACAUCAAAAGCAGCCGACGACGGAGAAUUCUCAGAGCUCUACAUCUUCAAAUGGACCUCGCUCUUAAUCCCUCCGAUGACAUUACUGAUAAUGAAUAUUGUUGGUGUGAUUGUCGGUGUCUCAGAUGCCAUCAAUAAUGGUUAUGACUCAUGGGGACCUCUGUUUGGUAGAUUAUUCUUUGCCCUUUGGGUCAUCAUACAUCUUUAUCCAUUCCUCAAGGGUUUGCUUGGGAAACAAGAUAGAAUGCCAACCAUUGUGUUGGUUUGGUCCAUCUUGUUAGCUUCCAUCUUGACCCUCUUGUGGGUUAGAGUUAACCCUUUUGUUUCAAGAGACGGUCCUGUGUUAGAAAUUUGUGGAUUGAAUUGUGAUGAUACAUGA